AGAGAGAGAAAGAGAGGAUGAGUGUGAAAGAGAGAGAGAAAGAAGAAGGGAAUAACAGAGCGAGAGAGGAUGAAGAGAGAAGUGACAGAGUGCAGGGAUGGGGAAUCAGCUGCAGUGCAGUGUGUUUAGCGCCUGAGGAGCAUCCGUGACUUGCUUGCCUGGAUGAGUGUGUGUGUGUGAGAGAGAGAGAGUGUGUGUGUGUGUGUGUGUGUGUGUGUGUGUGUGUGUGUGCAUGUGUGUGUGUGAGGAGCAGCUCCGCUUCGUUUCGCUACAAGCCUCUGAGGUCCUCACCGCGGCAGCGCGGACAAGUGUGUGAACAUCGUCGCUGAGCUGCAGCCCCCCCACACCAACACACACACCACACACACCAACCUCAUCACACCCCCCACACCCCCCCAACUCACCAGCCCCGUUUCCACAGCAACCAUGGACUGCGGACUGCGUCUGCCUCCGGUCAUCGAGGAGGUCAUGGACCCAGUCGAUGACCUGUGCGAUCUGAAAGCGGAGCGUGCGUGCGUGCUGGACGAGCUGACCCCCAAGGAGCGGGAGUCUCUGGAGGAGAAGCAGGAGCUGGAGGAGGAGGACGAGGAGGAGGAGGAGGAGGUGAGCAACGGAGAGAAGGGCCAGAAGGAGGAGAAGGAGGGCAAGAUGGUGAAGGAGGGAGCCCAGGAGGAGGCGCAGCGGGAGGAAGAGGAGGAGGAGGAGGAGGAGGAGGAGAGGGGGAUGACGGAGGAAGAGGAGCUGGAGGAGCUGAGAUCUCAGGUGCUUCAGCUGCUGCAGGAGCUGGAGGAGACCAGGGAGAUGUCCCAGCGCCACGAGGACAGCUUCAUGGAGCUGCAGGGACUCCUGGAAGAUGAGCGUUUGGCGAGUGCACAUCAAGCUGAGACCUUCACUAGGCAGAUCCAGAGACUGCAAGGCCAGCUGCGCUCGGUGCAGGAGGAGAUGGACAGCCUGGAGGAGGAGAAGGAGAGCGAGCUGCAGGAGGCGCAGGAGGAGCUGCGCGUGGCCCAGGAGGAGGUGCUGGUGCUGCAGCAGGCGGCCGAGGAGGCGGCGGGGGAGCGCGAGAACGACAUCGCCAGCCUGCAGGAGGAGCUGUGUCGCCUCAGAGCCCAGCUGCAGCGGCUGCAGGUCACUACGCAGGAGUACGAGCUGGAGAUCACCUCGCUCCGUGCAGAGAUCGCCAUGAAGAGCCACCACGGGACACCCAGCCCAGAGAGGGCCCACGAGCACGGUGAGGUGGAUCAGCUGAAAGAUGAGUGUAACAUGCUCAUAGAGGAAUGCCAGGCCCUGAAGGAUAACAACAGACAGCUGACUGACAAGCUCCACGUCCUGCAGCAGAAAACCAGCUCUGACCCCUACCUGUCUCUGAGGGCAUCAGACGUGGCAGGUGAGCGGCCGGUGGACACUGAGGUGCCCGUGGAGGCUGUGAGGGCCGGAGGCUACAUGACCAUGGCGCUGCCGCCCGGCCAGAGGGUGGAGACCAGCGUCCAGAAGGAUGUGUCGUUCGACGGCCGCCCGGUCGCCCCCGGAGACUGGCACGGGGGCGUAGAGGAGGUGCGGUCACUCCGAGAUCAGCUGCAGCAGGCUGAGGAGAGGGCAGCUCAGGUGGAGAGACAGUGCGAAAGUCUGAAGGAGGAGCUCCAGGAACUUCAGGGUCUGUAUGACAGCAGUCAGAGGGAGAGGGCGGAGCUAGAAGCGGAGCUUCAGCGCUGCAGGGCGGAGCUACAACGCAUGGCAGGAAGGAAGACCCAGAACUCCUGUCCUCCGUCUGAGUCCCCCAUUCUCUCCGUCCCCUUCAUAGGAAUGGUUGUAAUAGUGGCCCUGCUAUGGUGCUGGUGGUCGGAGCUGUCUUGCCAAAGGGGAUGAAGGAUAGUGAGGGCGAGUGGAAUCUGGUGAUGGUGGUUGCCGUGGCUGCAGCGGCGGUGCUGAUUGUCCCUAGCUUGACCAGAAUGCUGUCCUGAAUGGGAUUUUGGGCACCACAGGAAAUUACAUCACUACUCCACCUUCAUUCCUGCUUUAAUCACUUCCUGUCCCCCCUUCUGUCAAUCACAAUCCAAGAAUCCUGACCAGUGGCCAGAUACAAGGUAACCAAGGCAACCAAGGCACAACAAUGCAAACCUCCAGACCAUGGAACCAGGGACAUGUUUGCUCUCAGCUGUUUUAUGGGAGCAGAGGGACCAAAGCAUCACUGCUCCCUCUCUCUCUCUGUCUCACUCUCUUUCUAUCCCUCUCUCCUUCUCUCUUUCUUCUUACUCCCUAUCUCUCUUUCCCUAUAUCACUCUCUCCCCAUUCUUUGUAUUGGUCUCUCUCCUUGCGUACAGCGUGUUUACUUAUGUGCUUCUUCAAGUGGGCCAGACUGUAGGUUAUGGCUAUGGUUUGGGGACGUCCAUGGACUAUGGAGUGCAAGGAUGGAGAUGUAUUCUGCCCUGCCUGGCUGUAUCAUUUUCUUUCCCCCCUUCAGUUGCUGGAGUUUGUUUGUCUCUUCCUGGAAAAGACAGUC